UUUGAGAGCGCCAGUAGCUGUGGGCGGCGGAAGGAACUGGUCUGAUCACGCUUGCUGGGCUUGUGCUUCUGCUUCUCAGGAAAGACACUUGGCGGCUUCUGACUCUCGGGACAGGCACUUGGGGGCUGCUCCGACUGGCUUUGCCUCUUGACUCGCCCUGAGAGGGCUCCCUGUGGACACUGAGUGUCCGUCCUCAGCACUUGGACUCUUACAGCCCCCAGAGCCGGAUCCCCACAGCCUCCAGGUCCGAGGCCCCUGCAGACGCUGAGCAAUGGCUUCUAUGGGGCUGCAGGUGAUGGGCAUCGCCCUGGCCGUGCUGGGCUGGCUGGGCGCCAUACUGAGCUGCGCGCUGCCCAUGUGGCGCGUAUCGGCCUUCAUUGGCAGCAAUAUCGUCACGUCGCAGACCAUCUGGGAGGGCCUGUGGAUGAACUGCGUGGUGCAGAGCACGGGCCAGAUGCAGUGCAAGGUGUACGACUCGCUGCUGGCGCUGCCGCAGGACCUGCAGGCCGCCCGCGCCCUCAUGGUCAUCUGCAUUAUCCUGGCCGUGCUGGGCGUGUUGCUGGCCGUGGUGGGCGGCAAGUGCACCAACUGUGUGGAGGACGAGAGCUCCAAGGCCAAGAUCAUGAUUGUGGCGGGCGUGGUGUUCCUGCUGGCUGGCCUGCUGUCCAUAGUGCCCGUGUCCUGGACGGCCCACAAUGUCAUCCGUGACUUCUACAACCCACUGGUGGCCUCUGGCCAGAAGCGCGAGAUGGGCGCCUCACUCUACGUCGGCUGGGCCGCCUCCGGCCUGCUGAUUCUCGGCGGGGCCCUACUCUGCUGCAAUUGCCCGCCCAGAACAGACAAGCCCUACUCGGCCAAGUACUCAGCCGCCCGCUCCGGCCCAGCCAGCAACUACGUGUAAGGCGCCCCGGCUCAACUCUCCCUGUCGGCUUUGUUUCUCCCUGGACUGAGCUCAGGGCAGCCUGUGACCCCAGGAUGGCCCUGCCACGGGCUGCAGGCUGCCAGGGGCUGAGUGAGCGUGGACAGAGCCGUUGGUCGGCAGCUCUCAGCCCCUGCUGGCCCUCUCGGACACAUACCCAUGGCCUCCUCUACACCAGCAAGGAUGGAUGGAGAGAGACUCCAGUGCCACCCACCUCUGAAUGGUCUGUGGAUACAAGAGAGGGGACGGGAGCAUCAGGGUGUGGUAGUGGAGGAGGGAGCUGGUUCCUGCUGGCCAGGACAGCUCAGCUGCCUUUGCUUGGGCUCUGCGUCUGAGUGGGUACCCUGCCCAUGACCAUGUUGGCCACUGUCCCCUUCUUUGAUCUUCCCCACUCCCUCUGCCUGCAUCCUCUGGGUGGGUCAGCAAGCGCUUGGGCUGUAAGGCCCCCUGGAAACCUGUGGUCGUGAGAAUGGCUGCGGCUUGCUUACCCACCUGCUGGUGGGGCACAGAGUUGACACAGAGUUGACGGACAAGUUUAGAGGGGAAGGGUGCUACAAACUGGUUUGGGUAGUGGUGGGGGAGGGGACCACAGGCUGCCCGUACCCUCCCGCUCCUGCCCCGCAGCCUCUGCAGAACCCUCCAUCCGCCCCAUGCCCCUGGAGACUGGCCACCUGUGGAUCUGCGGCCACUGGAUUCGCCACCCCUGCCAAUGUCAUUGGCCGGCCUGGGGAGGGCAGGGGGAACGGUCUUUCUCUGGCCCUCACCCUAGGAAGUCCUGGGGGCUUUUCCCUCCCAUCUAUGUGGUUUCUGUUUUGUAAUUUAAGAUCUAUUCAUCACGGUAAUUGCUAUUAUUUUCUACAAUAAAUGGGACCUGUGCACAGGAA